GCGCAGCGCAGUUGAACUGCGACCGUGAUGGAUCGCAGUUGAGUGUUCGUCGCGGCUUCACAUGUGGCGUGUUAACUACCGCACAAUUUAGUAUACAUUUAAAUUAAUUAUCGAAUUAACCUUAUUUAUGAAGAGUUAAAGUAUAAGUGACUAAAUUUAUUUUCAAAGGAAAAUAACAUCCGUGAACAUGGCUGUGAAAGAGUGUUAUUGUGGUAAACUGUCGCCUAACAAAAAAUCGAUUUUAGGUUUGAGACUGCGGAACCAAAUAUUGUAUUUAUUGUUCAUCGUGAGUUUUGUACAUGUGACUGGAGCUGAAUACGAAAUGACAUGUUCGAAGGCCAAGAGUAUUUUUGAAAAAAACAAAUUGCUAUCUACGGUGGUUAUAUUGGAACAACCUAAUUCAGAUGCCGACGAACUGUGUCUCAACAAAGGAUGCUGCGACGCGAGCACGCGCGCCCGCUUUAUAUAUCAAGCACGCAAACAGCUCGAGAACGCGUUGUCCAGCGAACUAAACAAGUUGGCGGACGCGCUCGCGUACAGGGCGAACAGGGUCAACGAUUUCUUUCAAAAGUUACUGCAGAUGUCUAAGGCAGAGUUCCACGCGAUGUUCAAAAGAACAUACGGCAUGAUCUACGAACAACACUCCUAUGUAUUCGCAAAACUCUUCGAGGAACUAGAGAGGUAUUACACGGAAGGCGACGUAGAGUUCGACGCUAUGAUGGACAAAUUCUUCGGUAUCCUGUACCAGAAGAUGUUCACGGUACUCAAUUCUCAGUACAGUUUCGAUGAAAAGUAUUUGUCAUGUGUGAACGAGCACAUGCGUGAAAUAAAGCCGUUCGAGGACGUCCCGCAAAAGUUGUCUGUGCAGUUGCGGCGCGCGUUCGUCGCCACCCGCACCUUCCACAAGGCGCUGCAAGCCGGCGCCGACGUCGUACGAAACAUGAUGCAGUUGUAUGCGUUUGGGAGAAAUCCCUAUUUGAGUGCGUUACAAAAUCAACCAAUCCUCGCACGCGGGCUAGCGGUCAAUGAAAAUGACUCCCCGAAUGAGCGGCCUCCGCCAGGGGUGGCUGCUCAACACGAGGCCAGAAAAAUUUUAAAAGUACCUUUCCAAGUAAAUUCUAAAAUUCCCACCAAAUUGAAUCCAAUGAAUUGCCUGCCGCAGAAGGAAGGAAGUUCCAGACUAGUAGUAAACAGAGUGAAACUAACGUCGGAAUGUGUGACCGCGUGGGCCCGCCUAAGGUUCUGCGGCAGUUGUAUGGGCGACGACACGCCGGCGUGCAGCCGCUACUGCCACAACGUGCUGCGGGGGUGUCUGCCCGCGCACGCCGAUCUCGGAGACAACUGGGACGCUUACAUCGAGGCUAUCGAUAAAGUAGCCGAUAGAUUGCUCGGACCUUUCAACAUAGCGAUGGUGGUUGAACCGAUCGACAUAAAGAUAUCCGAGGCGAUCAUGAGUUUCCAGGAGCACAACCAGGAGAUAUCGCAAAAGAUAUUCGCCGGUUGCGGGAAACCAGUCCUAGGCGGGGGAGGAGGUGGCGCCGGACCGUUCUUCGCACCGGACCGGAACAAACGGUCUAUUCGUUCAGAUUCUUGGGACAGAGACAACGACGUGGACGAUUUCGAGAUCGAGACUUCAUUCGAGAGCGUUAGAGACGACCCGAUGUUCGGAUUUAGAGUGCCGGAGAUCAGGAGAGCGACUCAAGAGUUGGCCGAACAGGCUAAGCUCAGAGAGAGAUUCUUACAGUACAUGAGAGGGAAUAUGGAGCUGAAGGAGUACGAACGAUACGAACACGACAGACGGCGGAGGGACGCGGCCCCGGAGCCGGCGGCCGCUAGCUCCGAGAUAGACUACAGAGCGUUCGAUUUCGAAGGGAAGAGGGGUUCGAAGAAGAAGAAGCCUUCGGCGAAAACCGACGACGUGCACGGUGGACGAAUGAAUGAUAACUUUGUAUACGUGUGGUGCGGCGUAGGCGGCGUAGGCGGCGCGGCGGGCGGCGGCAGCGCGGAGUGGGGCGGCGCGGCGCUGGAGCGGCUGGUGCGCGAGUGCCGCGCGCGGCUGCACGCGUGGCGCCGCUACUGGGCGCAGCUGCCCGCGCUGCUGUGCGCGCCCGCCAGCGUCACCAGCGCGCCCUGCUUCAACGGCACCGCCCUCGCCAGUUACACGGUCCCGCCGGCGGGCGAGGGGGGCGCGGCGCUGGCGUCCAACCCGGAGGUGCGCGGGGGCGCGGUGCCGGGGGGCGUGCAGGCCGCGCGCACUAUGCAGGAGCGGCUGCGGGCCCUCACCGCCAGGCUGCGGGACGCAUACAACGGGCUCGAGGUGCAGUGGCGGGACACAGACACCAGCCCGCAGAUGUCACAGUCGCGACAGGACCUGGUGGAUGCCGGCUCCGGAUCAGGGUCCGGAGAUCACGGAGAUGACGAUGACACGGAAGAUGACGACGACUAUGGUGAAAUAGGUUCAGGUCACAUACCGGAAUUCGAGGAGUCACCAGAAACGGACGGCGAACCGGACGCGGCGCCGCAACCGGAAACACCGUUCGUGCCCAACAUCAUAGACACGCCCGGCACCAACAACGUGAACGUGCGCGGUCGCGUCGCCGACGUCCCACCGGACACGGACACGGACACGGCCGGCGGGAACACGGACACCGCGUCCGUGGAACAACCGGCGGACACCCGGCCCGAGUCCGGACCCGAGGACCGAACAUUGACGGCCGCCGCGGACAGACCGUCUUUACAGAAGGCACUGUUCACAUACGCGUUGCCUGUCGUCUGCGCGUGGUUCGGAACUAUAGUCACGGAUCUGUUUUAAACCUUAAAAUAUCCCGUGGACUUCAGUCAGACCUCCCUGUGUUAAAAGUGUAUAAAAUAUUCCUUCUGCACGGAAUGUGAGUUAACUUGAGACUUCAAAGUGUGCUCCCAGUGUUUAAUUUAAGUUAAUGUGGAAGACGCUUCACUGGGUAACAUAGUGUAAUCUUGAUGAACGUCUGAUUUGAACUUCUGCACAGUGAAAUAAUGAACUGGUACGUAGUUAGCCUAGUCAGUGUGAGCUCCUGUGAUAUAUAUCGACUGGACCGAUGUCAGCGUACGGAAAUAAAUUAUUUUAUCCCGAAUCUUCUCGAUAGAUGACAAUAAAAAAUAAUAAUGGUUAUUAUUUUCUAUCACCUUAUACUUAAAUAAUGGAAUUCACAUAUGAGGAAAUUUCUCAUAUUUCUUAUAUGACGGAUUGUUUUUUUUCGUUUGUAAAUAUCGUAUGUACAUUAUAAUUAGAUAGUAAAUAUUAUCAUGAUAAACUUUCAUGAGUAUGUAUGGAGUGUGAAUGAUCUUGUACGAUUAUUUUGUGUGGAUUUCACAGUACUUUUUUAUAUGUAUCAUAGUACAUAACAAAAAAAUAUAAUAAUACAACUCCUUACUAAUGAACUAAAUAUAGAUUUUACCUUUGAAAUCAAAGUACAUGCGUGAAAUCACAUCAGAUAUAGUAUCAUUAAAUAAAAUGUGUAUAAAACUUAGUCAUAACAUUAUAACGUAAGAGACUGAUUUGCUUUCGAUUAAUUUGUUAUAAAAAGAUUACUCGCGAUUCAUUUAUCGUAAGCUUUAUAUUAUACGUUUAAUCGACUGAUGUAAUGAUAAUUGCAUUUUUUAUAGGGCGGUUGUUGUAUAGUAAAUUAUUUAAUUAUUUAUGCUAUUUUUACACCAAAAAUUCUUUUAGACGUUUAAAUUAACUACUUAAUAUUAUAUCUUUUUAAAUAAAAAAAAAAUGUAUUAACAAAGAUACAAUCGCCCAUCACUAGCACUUAUUUAUUCGGCAAUUAUUUUGGCUUCAGCUUUACUUCACUAGUUAACUACUCCAUAAGUAAUUUAAGCAUAAUGAAUUUGUAGUGAUAAGAUUAUAUAAAUGUGAAUAAUUCGUUGUAAAGUUGAAUGUUGCAGCUAGUUGCUGAUGCAUACAGAACAUUCAUUCUGGAUGUUUCCUAAUAAAUGUGUCCUUAGAGUCAGAUCCAUGGCUUUUUUCUCACUACAAUCUGAAGUACAUUAUGAAUGAGGAAAACGUUAUUUGCGUGCAUUUUACAAAUAGAAUUCUAGUAUUUAUCUGUUGUGAAAAAAAGCACCACGGAUUUGACGCCUAGAACACAAUGUUUAAAGUACAGGCACAGGCAUUACAGGGAGGUGACAAUUGGAUAUUCCUGAUCCAAUUUUUUAUUUGACAUUUUAUAUACUAUUUAUGCCACAGUAUUGGGAUUGUUUAAUGCAAAAUAAGUAGUUAAAGAAAUUUAAGUGAAAGUACCACAUAGGCUGUAUGACACGGCAGAUUUCUUUGCGUAGGUGCUCUUGAGUAUUAUGUUCAAAAACAACACUUAUUUAAAAAUAUAGUACAGAGCUCUGAAGUUUGGAAAGACGAGGUAAGGCAGUCGGUGUGGAAUACUUAAUUAAAAUUUUAUUACAUUAACAAGUCGCAUUUCUAUUCAUUACGUGAUGAUUCCCUUGCUGGGAUCCGCCGAUAUUAAGUUCAGUGCUUAAAAAAAUCAAUAAUUGUUUUAUAACUUAGAUAUCUCUGAUCAUCUCAUAUGUAAAUCCUCUUAUAUAGUUUAUGUAAUGUUGAAAACUCCCGUAGUCAUGCACUAUAUACCUAAGCGUAUCUUCUUAAGGACAUACUUGAUAGCAAUACAUAUGUUCACUGUAUCAUGGCAUUUUUACUGAUAUUCACGUAAAAAAAUGCUUGCAGAUAAUAUGUGCAAGUCACGGGGACCAAUCAUAUCAGUGUGAUGUGCCAUCUACUUAAGAGUAAUUUAUAUAUACCUAUGUAUUAUAUGUAUACUUUUUGCAUAACUACUCGGCUUCAUAUUGCACAUGGUUGAUAUACAACACAACAUAUUUUAAACUGUAUGUUAUUGAAGAUAUCUUCGUAAACAAGUUUCAAUAUUUUUUUGGAACCUUUGUUGUUUUCGUCAUAUAAAUAGUGCAUAUGUUUUCUUAAGCAAUUUUCUUAUUUCAUAGUUAUUUGAAUUCUAGGGGAUCUUAUAAGUAAUCGAAAAUCAUUGUUAUGAAAUAUUUCAUUGUAUUGUAAAUAUUAUUAGCUUAUUUAACAUUUUAUAUAAACACAAAAAGAUCUAGAUUUGUAAUCAAAUAAUUGUAUAUUUGAUGUUUGGGCUACAUACACAUUUAUAAUGCAACAACUUUAUUGUAAAGACCUUACAUUUUGCGAAAGCAUCAAACGUCAAAUAACAAUGCAUUUGGUGUGAUGUUGUUAGUGGAGAAUUAUGUAAGUUAUAUUACGUCGUAUAACAGGGUAAAGUGUUGGUUCACUGCCAGUAUGCAUCUGUUAGUAGAGAACGGAGGUAAUGGGCAUAUAGUUUGAUAACACAGCAUCUCUUAUAACUGUUUGCAUAGUUUCAUUUACCUAUCUCAUUGAAGACUGCCUAGCGAGACAGAACAGAAACCCAUUCGAGAACAUCAACGAAUAGUUUAAAAAGAAAAAUUUUCUGUAAAAUUGCGUCACAUGUGAUUUGAGAAAAAAUCUAGUCAGUUUAUUUUCGUUUGAAGCUGUGUUUUGAGAUGUUUUUGGCAGCGGUAUUUUUUUCUCAAAAUUAGUGUGAUAGCAGCGUUCGUGGAAACGUGAAAUACGUAAUUAGUUGCAUCUGUUAGAUAGAAAAAUAUCUCAAAAAUAGUAGAAAUUUCAAGUACAACUAAAUUCGUUAUCGCGUGCACUUGAGUUUUUAUUAUUAUAUAAUAUCUUUUGAUAUGAUUCUAAAGUGUAUACGUAACAAUGGUUCUAAACAAUCGGCAUCUAAUGUAAAUAACAAGUUUCAAGGUUGCUUCGAGAUCGUAACCUAAUUGUAUAAGUUAAAAUCUGUGUUUACUUUCGACGCUGUAUUAUUAUUGGCAGCUCGGCAUACAGGCAAGGGUGAAACCCUUAGUCAUUAUUAACUAUUUGAAUACCUAAUUGUUUAUUGCUUACACUGCAACUUGUUAACAAAACCUUGCUCGAUAAAUAAAUAUAAUGAUUAAUGGGUUAUCUACUUAAGAAUAAUACGUUAGAAUUUGAGAAUGACAAUGAAUGUCAAAAUGUGUUAUACGGAGCUAAUGAGCAAGCGUAUUUAAUGUAACAGUAGAUUUACUAAAUUUUUUAUGAAGAUUUGAUAUGUAGGUAUGAAUUUGUGUACAU